ACGGCCAUUAACGUAAUGUUAUCUAGAUACCGACGAUAUCCGCCACCGAUUCCUCGGAAUCUCACCGCGAGGGAGGGUAUGUGGGGGUAUUGCAGCCCCAAAGGCUUCAGGUUGGCAAGGAGCCACGUAAAUGAAACGAUCGGACAUUGGAGCAACGUGAUGAACCUGGGGACAUUUGCACAAGGAUAUUUGGUAAAGAUGGCGCUUAGCAGCGCCACCUUGACGGCCCUUCGCCUCCCGUCUUCAGUACUUCGUCAGGACGGACAUCAGCACGGGAGCAAUUUGGGUCAGGCUGUUCCAAGCAGACUUGUUGUGCGGGCUCAGGCUGCGUCUUCAAUACCCUCCCAAGGUCCAGAUAUUGCAAGAGCAGAAAGAGUGAAGGAGUUCAAUAAACUGUUGGGAGAUGUGGCAAAGAUAGCAGUAAGCACUGGGCCUAGAGGUGCAGUUCGACUUGCACAAGGCAUUGAAGCUUUCGUAACCGUGGGCGGUGAAUACUUGUUUCAACUUUUUACGAAUCCAGAAUCAGCAACUUCUCAAAGCGCAACACCAGGGCUUUCCUUGACCCCGCCUGGGCCAGCACAACUUCGACGAUUGUUUGAGAGACUUGGAGCAACCUACAUUAAGUUGGGCCAGUUGAUUGCAUCAGCACCGACACUCUUUCCACCUGAAUAUGUAAAGGAGUUUCAAUCUUGCCUAGACAAAACGCCACCUAUUCCAUUUGAAGAUAUUAAAGCAAUUGUCCGGAAAGAGUUGGGCCGUCCUUUAGAGGAAGUCUACGACUUUGUGGAUCCACAGCCUCUUGCCUCUGCCUCCAUAGCUCAGGUGCAUGCAGCUAGGUUGCGAGGAAGUCAGAAGGAGGUGGUGAUAAAAGUAUUGAAGCCCGGAGUGGAAGACAUACUUACAGCUGAUCUGAACUUCCUAUACGUCACUGCUCGAGUGUUGGAGUUUUUGAAUCCAGAGCUUGCACGGACAUCCCUGGUUUCAAUCCUGGGAGAUAUAAGGGCAUCUAUGCUGGAAGAAGUUGAUUUCAGGAAGGAAGCUUUGAAUAUUGAAGCUUUCAGAAAUUAUGUGGAUUCCCUUGGACUUUCGAACCAGGCCACUGCCCCUGCUGUGUACCGUCAUUGUAGCACUGAACGUGUGCUUACAAUGGAGCGACUUUUUGGUGUUCCACUCACAGAUCUAGUUUCCAUCCGUUCCAUUGUUCCAAACCCAGAAACGACGUUGAUAACUGCUCUCAAUGUUUGGUUUGGGAGCUUGUUGGCAUGUGAGACGUUCCAUGCAGACGUUCAUGCUGGAAACUUGCUGGUGCUCAACGAUGGGCGUGUUGGCUUCAUUGACUUCGGUAUAGUUGGGAGGAUAUCUCCAGCCACUUGGGCAGCAGUGGAGACGUUUUUUACUUCAAUUGGGAAUGGCCAGUACAACGCUAUGGCAGCGGCACUGGUACAGAUGGGUGCAACAGACACUGCUGUAGACAUUCCAAGCUUUGGAAGGGACUUGGAGAAGAUUUUCACAGCUGUUCAGGACCUUGAUACAAAUGUGAUCAUCUCAACUGCUGGAGGGCCUCAGAAUGCUACUAUAGCUGCAUCUUUAGCAGUCGACGAGCAACAAGUGAACAAUCUUUUGCUGGAUGUGGUUCGUGUGAGUGAGGAUUAUGGACUGAAGUUUCCGAGAGAAUUCGGAUUACUCCUGAAGCAGCUUCUCUACUUCGAUCGCUACACAAAGUUGCUUGCUCCGACCUUGAAUGUUCUAGAAGAUGAUCGUAUCAGGCUCGGCAAUCGACCACCCUUCGGAAAUGGUUACAACUCUCGAGUAUCUAAUUAUUGAGAUUUUGGAUGUACAAUCUAUAUAUAUAUAUAUAUAUAUAUACAUAUAUUUAUAUAUAUUUGAAGUAGCGAAGGUGUGAAUCACUGAUUAGUGACAUGUACCCAUCAUUCCCGUUCCCUGUAGGAGAGGAAAUCGAUUUCUCUUCCGUUUUACAGUAUGCUGAUUGUAUUUCUAGAUUUUUAGGGGUGCGAUAAGACUUAUGCCCGAUAUGGAUAAGCCAACCGAUUUUUAGCCCAUCAAAAUAUGGAAUAGAAGAUGGGGUUACCAUUAUGGCUGAUUUAAUUGAAGAAAAGCGUUAUUGUAAUUAAGUGCAGCGAAGUGACACAAGAGAACGAAGGAGAUGAAAGGUUUCAAGUGGCCAGUAGAUGUGACACCUUGCACAAAGGACGAUGUUGUUUAGUAGAGCAUGAUUUGCAUAUAUGGCCAGAAAGUUUGUGGGUUAACUGUUGCUAAAGAGACAUAUGAAUUGUACAA